AUGAACUCGAAACAACAGUUACUUCGUCAAAUAGAUAGGGAAUUUACUUUAAUACAGAAGAAUAUUGAAAAAGAUGAAUAUGUCGUGGUAACUUUAACAGAGAUAAGAAAGGGAACAGUCAUGAAAUUUGUUGGAAAAAUUAAAGAACAGUGUUUAGAAGACAUUCACGAAGAAGCAUAUGACAUAACUUACCUGAGAAACUACAGAAACCACCAGGACUCAUUUGUGUUUCCAGAUAUACCUGACGACAAUAGUUUUUGGCGCAAUGAACCAGAACUAUGGUUUCUUCGGCUGGAGGCGCAGUUCCGACAAGCCAAAAUCAUAUCUGACAACUGCAAGUUCGACCAUACUGUUGCUAGUUUAAACAGUGACAUACUAAUAGAAGUGGCGGAUAUUGUAAAGAAUCCAACUGCUGACAGUGCCUAUACACAACUGAAAGCUCGCCUUCUCGAAAGGUAUGGCAUUAGCUCAGAUAAAAGGAUCUACAGAUUAAUGGAGCUCACUCUGGGUGACUUAAAACCCACCCAACUACUAUACAGAAUGCAAGCUCUGGCCACGGAUAGCAUUAGUACACAAGUUCUAAAAAAUUUUUGGUUGGACCGCGUACCACCUUCGGUGCGAAGUGUUAUAUCUGUUCUUGAUGGAGAUCUAGAAGAGCUUGCUAAGAAAGCCGAUAGGUACCUCCGAUGUUCCAGUUUUCCAGUCAUGGCUGUUACCGAAAGCCCUACCUUAGACAAAGCAGUGGCUGCAUUGAAUGACCAAGUGAGCGGUUUAUCCAACAGAUUAGCUGUAGAUGAAGAACGGCAACAGAUUCAAAUGGUCAAGAGUACCAAGUCAUCAUCUGACGAGCAGUGUUACUACCAUCGAAGAUUUGGUGCACAAGCAAAGAAAUGUAGACCACCGUGCAGUUUUACAAAAAACGACGAAAGGGCGCAUUAA